AUGCCGCUACCCAACUCUAUCCGUUCUUCAUAUAGUCACGUGUUAUUGGCUGACCCGCAGUUUGACAUUCCCGGACCGAUUGAUUUCCUAUUGGGUGCCGACGUCUAUCCACAGAUAUUAGGGCCGUCAUCACGUGCACUACAUAUCCCUGGACUACCAUCUGCGUUAGAAACCACGUUAGGUUGGAUUAUUUUAGGUUCAUCAGUGGAUAAAGAUAAAUCACCGAAGGUGACCCUAAUGCUAACCUCAGAAGUGACGAUUGAUAAUCUUUUACGUACAUUUUGGGAAAUCGAAGAACCAAUACCCACGAAUAAGUUUUUUACGGGUGACCAAAAAUGCGAAGAAUUUUUCUGUCGCACUACGACUCGAGAUGCUACCGGUCGGUUUACGUUAUCGCUGCCAUUUAAACACAAUUCUUCGUUACUUGGGGUGUCACGAGACAUGGCCGUCGCACGUUUUUUAAACCUUGAGCGUAAAUUUAUCAAAGACCCGGAAGUGUAUGAACAAUACCGGGCCUUUAUGCGGGAGUAUGAAGAUCUGGGACAUAUGCAACUCGCGUCGAGACCGGGCAAGUAUCAUAUUCCACAUCAUGCAGUGAUUAAACGAAGUGACAAGACUAUUAAGUUAAGAGUAGUAUUCGACGCGUCGGCGGUAUCCUCCACUGGAAAAUCGUUGAAUGAUAUGCUACAUGUGGGCCCAAAAUUGCAGAACGAUAUUUCAGAUUUAUUACAUCGAUGUCGACUUCAUAAGUAUAUGUUUACGGCCGAUAUCUGUAAGAUGUAUCGGCAAAUCAAGAUACAUCCUGAUGACUGCCAAUACCAACAUAUCGUUUGGCGUAAUGCUGUGUCCGAUCCCCUGCAAGAUUAUGAAUUAACUACAGUGACCUACGGUGUCACAUCGUCACCUUACCAAGCCAUUCGAGUGUUACAUUCAUUGGAAGAGACAGAUGGUCACCGAUAUCCGUGUGCGUCAAACAUCUUGUCUACACAAAC